AUGCGAGCCGCGGCCCCUCCUGGUGCCUCCUCUGCUUUGCUCCUCGCGGCAGCGGCUGCCCCGCACGGCCCCGCGCCCCAGGGCACCAACCGCGCCCGCGGCACCAACCGCACCCGGCGGCACGAACCGCACCCGCGCCCGGCGGCACCAACCGCGCCCCGCGGCACCAACCGCGCCCCGCACGGCCCCGCGGCACCAACCGCGCCCGCACCCCGCGGCACCAACCGCGCCCCGCUCCGCCCCAGCGCAGCCGGGGCCGCCCCGCACCCGUCCCCGCGCCCGUCCCGUCUCCGCUCCGCCCCCGCCCGCCCCGCGGACAGCCCGGCGCGGCGCAGACGCACUCCGGUUGGUCUCUCUUCAGAUCCACCUGCUUUCCACAGCUCCUGGCAGGGAGAAGGUGCCUGGCCCGACCUUGGCAUGCCCUGGGCAGCUCAGGAGCUGCUGGUCUGGCCUCCCACGGCUGCAUCGCUGCGCCCGCGAGCACUGACCCCGCGGCCCUGCUGCACUGGUGCCGCUGCGCCACCAGCCCUGGCGGGCUCACCUGCUGCACUGGUGCCACUGCGCCACCAGCCCUGGCGGGCUCACCUGCUGCACUGGUGCCGCUGCGUCACCAGCCCUGGCGGGCUCACCUGCUGCACUGGUGCCGCCGCGCCACCAGCCCUGGCGGGCUCAGCAGCAAAGCACACGGCAUGUUUGACUGCGUUCCACUCUCCACAGUAA